CGCGGCUACCAAUGGCUAACUCGAGAGAUCUUAUCAACAAGCAACCCAGGAUGAUCUUAGAGACGUUUCAUCAAAAGGCUUCCGCGUAAACUCUAGAGCCGCUAAGUUGGCCUAAUCAAGCCUCCUGUCGACCUCAAAAGCGUAAACAUACUCUUGCAUUGAAGUACAUACAGCUUUACGAUCAAUACUCCACGGCUUAAACUCCGCCUUCAUAUUGUACUCGGAAACAGCUUCCGAAUUACGAUCUUUGUUUGACACUCGUUACGCUCUCAAAUCAGAUCAUCACCAUGGUUUGUCGACCGGGUAUCUCCUCCAUGUCGCUAGGCCGGUGCUACGCCGGCCACAGCUUCGAGCACAAGAUGGCUAUGGCCGCGAAACAUGGCCUCCAAGGCAUCGAGCUAUUCUAUGAAGACCUCUGCGAUCUUGCACCCUCAAAAUCCUUGUCAGACCUCCUCACAGCAGCCGCCUAUGUACGGGACCUAUGCGAAUCACUAGGACUUGAGAUUAUCUGCUUGCAACCAUUCAUGCACUACGAGGGCCUCUUAGACCGACAAAAGCACGACGAGAGGAUAGAAGAGAUGAAGCUCUGGAUGAAGUUGGCCCACGUCCUCGGUACUGACAUCGUCCAAGUGCCCUCAUCAUUCCUUCCCAAAUCCAAGAUCUCAUCCGACCUCAACCUGAUCGUCUCCGAUUUGCAGCAAAUAGCAGACAUGGGCCUGCAACAAACACCAAUCGUCCGCUUCGCCUAUGAAAGCUUAUGCUGGGGCACAUACUGCGACAAGUGGGAGCGCUGCUGGGAGAUUGUCCAGCUCGUUAACCGACCAAACUUCGGCAUCUGCCUCGACAGCUUCAACAUCCUCGGCAGGAUAUACGCCGACCCCACAUCAGAGACUGGAUGCACUGAAAAUGCAGAGCAAGUCGUUGCUGAGUCGAUGCAAAGACUUGUUGAGCAGAUCAAGCCGCAUCGCGAGAAGAUCUUCUUCAUCCAGAUCGUUGAUGCUGAGAGGCUUGAUCAGCCUCUGAAGCCUGGUCACUCUUUUUACAAUGCUGAGCAAGCGAGUCGCAUGAGUUGGAGCAGGAACUGCAGGUUGUUCUACGGCGAGACAGAGUAUGGCGCAUAUUUGCCAGUCAAGGACGUUGCGAAUGCGAUCAUCAACCAGAUCGGCUAUGGUGGCUGGGUCAGCUUCGAGCUGUUCAACCGUGCUAUGGAGAGGAAGGAUCAUGGCGUUGUCCAAGAGCUGGCCUCGCGAUGCGCGAUCGGUUGGGAGAAGAUGGUGGUUGAUCUUGGGCUUGAGACUGCACCGCCUGCCCUUCGCAAGACUGCGGGCAACGAGAAGCUGGAGGACACAAGGAAGGAUAGCACAAGGACAAGCUUUGAAAACGCGAGACUAUAAACUCGCUUCUUUGCAUAUUCAGCAUUUCUAGGGGCAUAGCAUACACACCAAUGCAAGCAUAGCGU